AUGAGAAAAACUAAAGAAGGAGAUGAAAAAGAAGAGAAGGAAAUUAAAGCUUUGGAUGAAGCAGACAUAGCUUUAUUAAAAAGUUAUGGACAGGGACAUUAUUCUAAAGCUAUUAAACAAGUUGAAGAAGAUAUUCAGAGUAUUAUAAAAAGAGUUAAUGAAUUAACUGGAAUUAAAGAAUCUGAUACUGGUCUUGCACCUCCUGCUCUAUGGGAUUUAGCUGCAGACAAACAAGCGUUACAAAAUGAACAACCACUUCAAGUUGCAAGAUGUACAAAAAUCAUAAAUGCAGAUACUGAUAAUCCUAAAUAUAUAAUUAAUGUUAAACAAUUUGCUAAAUUUGUCGUCGACUUGGCUGAUUCUGUCGCUCCGACAGAUAUCGAAGAAGGAAUGAGAGUCGGAGUCGAUAGGAAUAAAUAUCAAAUUCAUAUUCCCCUACCUCCGAAAAUAGAUCCGACAGUAACAAUGAUGCAAGUCGAAGAAAAACCGGAUGUGACAUAUAGUGAUAUAGGAGGAUGUAAAGAACAAAUAGAAAAACUAAGAGAAGUUGUCGAAACUCCUUUACUACAUCCUGAAAAAUUUGUCAAUUUGGGAAUUGAACCCCCGAAAGGAGUUUUACUAUUCGGACCUCCAGGUACGGGGAAAACAUUAUGCGCAAGAGCUGUUGCCAACAGAACGGAUGCUUGUUUCAUAAGAGUCAUAGGUUCUGAAUUGGUACAAAAAUAUGUUGGAGAAGGUGCUAGAAUGGUUAGAGAAUUAUUUGAAAUGGCGAGAAGUAAAAAAGCAUGCGUUAUAUUUUUCGAUGAAAUCGAUGCCAUCGGUGGUGCCAGAUUCGACGAUGGUUCAGGCGGUGUCAACGAAGUACAAAGAACAAUGUUAGAAUUAAUUAAUCAAUUGGAUGGUUUCGAUCCUAGAGGAAACAUUAAAGUAUUAAUGGCGACCAAUAGACCGGACACGUUGGAUCCGGCACUCAUGCGUCCAGGUAGAUUAGAUCGUAAAGUCGAAUUCGGUUUACCCGAUUUGGAGGGAAGGACUCACAUAUUUAAAAUUCACGCGAGAUCCAUGAGCGUCGAAAGAGAUAUACGUUUUGAAUUGUUGGCUCGCCUUUGUCCCAACAGCACGGGUGCGGAAAUACGUUCGGUUUGCACGGAAGCCGGAAUGUUUGCGAUAAGAGCGAGAAGAAAAGUCGCGACGGAAAAAGAUUUCUUAGAAGCCGUUAAUAAAGUCAUUAAAUCCUAUGCUAAAUUUUCAUCCACUCCGAGAUACAUGACUUACAAUUAA